UGGUUGGUGAGAAGAGUAUCUCCAUAAUGGACAGUCCAUUGAUAUGCACUGGGGAGGAGAAGAUAGAGACCCUCCUUGUAUCUGUUUUUGAAAUGGACAUGACUGGCCACAGCUAUAGCAUCUACAAUGCAGUCUACAUUUUGGCACAAGCAUUACAUGUUGCUUAUUCAACUACCUUCAGAAACAGAGCAAGAGUAGGCAAAGUAGGAGUUAUUGAACUUCUCCAACUUCAUCCAUGGAAGCUCAAUCAAAUAGUAAGAAGCAUCUCAUUCAAUAAUACUGCAGGAGAAACAUUAUCUUUCAAACAAAACGGAGAACUAAAGGCUGGGUUUGAUGUCAUCAAUUGGGUUACAUUCCCAAAUAAAUCCUUUUUGAAAGUCAAAGUUGGUGGAAUAGGAUCUGUGACUUCCCAAGAGGACAGGUUAAAAAUGGAUGAAGCCAUCAUUUGGCCAAGCAGGUUUAACCAGGUUUGGAUAAUGCGGAAUUCAGUUACUGCUUUAACUGAAUAGAUGUGAGCUGUGGGACAAUUCCUGUGAUUCCUAUGUCUGAAAUACUAAAAGAUAUGCCUGGGGAAACCUAUAAUGAUUGAUGUUAUAGAAAGGGAGGUUUAAUUGCCAUAUAGUACUCCUGCAAGUUAGAAGAAGAAAAAAUGCCUUUAGAAGUGAUGUAAUAACCAUGUCAACAAAGCUUUUACACAUUUAGACAGUGCUGAAAAGGUAACAAUUUAAUUGUAACCAAAAUAAAUCCCCAAAAUUAGGAGAAAUAA